AUGUCUAUUAAGAGGUUUCUUUUUAAGAGACAAUUUUCUCAGACAUUUCGUACAUUGACCCAAUCCAAUGAUGAAUUACUGGCGAAAUAUUACCCUGCACAUCUAUUAAAAUCGAUUAAAUUAGCACAGGAGACUAUUCCGGAUUCUGUUGAUCUAAGUCAAAGAAAAGAUUUCAGAUUUGCAUCUGCAUAUGAGGAUGAUUACACUAAAUUACAUCCAUUUUGGGAUUAUAAUCCAAAUUUACCAAAUACUCAUUCUUCAUCAAAUCCUGAACAAUAUACAUACAAUCCAUAUAAUUAUAAAACACCAGAGAUACCAGAUAAUACUUAUCCACCUGAAGUGAAAGCUUUAGCUACUCAAAGUAAAAUUUCCAAAAAUGUAAUUUUGGCCCAAGGAAUAAGCAAACAAACAGGAUUUGAACCCGAUUAUAUUACAAAGACUUUAAAGAUGAAACCUUUAGUAUUAAAGAGAGUUUCUAAUCAAACUGGUAAAGGUAAAAUUGCAUCAUUUUAUGCUUUAGUGAUUGUUGGUGAUCAAAAUGGUAUGAUUGGUCUUGGUGAAGGUAAAUCAAGAAAUGAUAUGUCUACAUCUAUUUAUAAAGCUCAUUGGGAUGCUAUUAGAAAUUUGAAAUAUGUACCAAGAUAUGAAAAUAGAACAAUAUUUUCAGAUUUAGAAUAUAGAUAUCAUGGUGUUAAAUUAUUUUUAAGGAAAAAAGAACCCGGGUUUGGUCUAAGAGUUAAUCAUGUAAUAUUUGAAAUUUGUCAAUUAUUAGGUAUUAAAGAUCUAAGUGCAAAAGUUUAUAAAUCAAGAAAUGAUAUGAAUAUUGCUAAAGGUUUAAUUGAAGCUUUAACUGAGGGACAAAGAUCGUUAAAUGAAAUUGCCCUAGGUAGAGGUAAAAAAAUUGUUGAUAUUAGAAAGGUUUACUAUUCAGAAUAA